CGGCCGCGGGCUCCGCCCGUCGCGCCGGGGGAGGCGCUCUCGGACGGCCUACGGAGCUGCAGCCGACCUGCGAGUCCUCCUUGCCGACACUAUGCUCCAGUUCCUGCUUGGAUUUACUCUUGGCAACGUGGUGGGAAUGUAUCUGGCUCAGAACUAUGACAUACCAAACCUGGCUAAAAAACUUGAAGAAAUUAAAAAGGACGUGGACGCCAAGAAGAAACCCCCUAGUUCAUGAGGCCGACUCCAGCACUGCCUCCUGGAUAAACUGAUUCUACUGUACUUGAGGGCCUCCUUUACCAUCUGAACCAAAAGCUUUUGUUUUCAUCUCCAGCCUCAGCAAUUUUCUUCUUUGCUAGACCCUGCAUUGCCUUACAGCACAAAUGGGGCCACAAGUUAAGAACAGCCCUGACUUUUCCAACAUCCUCACUUCUUCCCUUCCUCCUUCCAGCCACUUGUGAGGUCCUGAGAAUGGAAUUAAUGGUGCUAGAUUAGUAAACAUGACCUUUAAUUAGUAGUCUCUCCCUUAUUCUUUGGGAUUUCUACUACUGUUUUCAAAAGAAAAAUUGAUGAGUUUUGUAUAGCUGAUGAGAUAUAAAUAAUGCUGAUUUCACAGUCUAGCAAUUAUAUUGGGUGUUUAAACCUUUGGUACUAAAUUAUGUUGUUUCAAAGUAGUAAUUAAAAUGAAAAUCUAGAAGCCAGUUUCUGGUGAAUUAUCCACUAAUUUUAUGUUGUUGUCAGGAAGCUCCAUAGUUGCUAAUUUAACCAGUAAAUCAAUUUGCUAUUCAUUAACCAAGAAACUCUGUUCUGAGAACCCUAUCAGGAACUGGGGAAUUGAAAAGUAUUUAAAGUAAUGGCUUUUGUCCUCAGUAGAAUUCAUAGUCUAGGAUGCAUGUUUUUUCCUAAUGAUGCAUUUGAUCUGGCUCUGUUCUCUCAUAAGAAUCAUACUUAUUUUAUGGGAUUACAGGCACAUUUGACAUUACAUGGUAGAUAAAUGAGAAGUUGUCUAUAAAGGAAAUUUUAUGCCUUUUUACAUUAAAAAAAUGUAUUUAAAUUAUAACUUUAUAGUGAUUCUCAUAAGAAGACUUUUUGUGUUUUUCUUUCUGCAACCAUAAAUUACUCUUGUAAUUUUUCAAGUGUAUAAUCAGUCCAUAAUUUUUUUUAAUUGAAAAAAAAGUUUAAAUACCUAACUUUUCCCUGGGUCAGUACAAAGUGAUCUGCAUUGUCCCCCAGCUCCUAGGUCCUCUCCCUGGAGUCGGGCACUCUCUAGUUUCCUGUAUCCUUUUGCGAAAGAUUUUGUGCCUGAACAAACGCAUGUACAUGGGUUGUUUUUUUUUUUUUUUUUUUGCGGUACACGGGCCUCUCACUGUUGUGGCCUCUCCCGUUGCAGAGCACAGGCUCCGGAUGCGCAGGCUCAGCGGCCAUGGCUCACGGGCCCAGCCGCUCCGCGGCAUGUGGGAUCUUCCCGGACCGGGGCAUGAACCCGUGUCCCCUGCGUCAGCAGGCGGACUCUCAACCACUGCGCCACCAGGGAAGCCCCAUGGGGGUUUUUAUACAAAUGAUAACAAACUAUAUACAGUGUUUUCCCCAGUGGAGGUCAUUCCAUAUCAGUAGGUAAGGAACAAAGAACCUCUUUCCUUUUUUUGGCUACAUAAGGUUCUACUGAAUGAAUAUGCCAUCAUUUAUUUAAUCUGCUCUUGAGGAACAUUUAGGUUGUUUCCUGUCUGUUGCUAUUACAGUGAUAACCUUGAACCUAAUGUUAUUAUACAUAUCUGUGCAGAGGGAUAGCUCCAAGCUAAAGUCCUGGAAGUGUAUUUUGCACUAAAUAUAAAUAAAGCCCCAUUUCACGGGGUGUUUUGUUCCAGAGGGCUUGUUGGGCAGCUUCACUAAUGACGCCGUUUCUGAAGACAUUUUAGCAGAAUUAGUAAACUGGAAGAAUGGUUUAGAGACCUUUUUUUUCAGACAGUGAUGCCACUGAUACUAAAUGUGAUUAUAAAAUGAAGUGAUUCUACUUCUCUUUGGAAACAUGGAUCUUUCAUACAUGGAGAUAAGUUCUGUCCCUGCAGGUUGCACUGGUGCAUGAGACAGGUUAGGAUCAUAUUAUGGUUGGCUUCUCCCUUGCAGUGUGAUCAGGGGCAAGCAGCUUAUUUUUCUGAAACUGUUGUGUUCUCUUUAAGAUGUGGAUACAAUACCUACCUCAUAGGGCUUCCAUGAGAAACAGUAGAAAUAAUGUAUAUGAUGUGUAGCACAGUGCUUUGCAAAU